AUGCAAUUUUUGAUGGGUUUGAGCGACACCUACUCUACGGUUCGAGGAUCAAUUCUCAUGAUGAAUCCCUUACCUGACACACGCAAAGUUCACGGCCUGGUUCUCCAACACGAGCGCCAACUAGAGGUGACCAGCAGGCAUGACAAUCUGGUUACUCCACAUGUGAUGCAAACCGGUCGUUCUUCGGUGGCCGCCACUCCCUCCACAGGAUGGUCACAAUCCCGAAAAUCCCUAAAGUGCUCAUAUUGCGAUGGAGAUGGUCAUCUGAAAGAACGAUGCUACUUUAUUAUUGGUUUCCCUGUGGGCCAUAAAUGGCAUGGCAAAAAUGUUAAGCCCAGAAACCAGCGUUCCGGUCCAACAGCUCACAACAUUGAAGCCAUUCAGUCACCAGUCCAACCUACUGCUAUCACCAAGACAACCCCCGUUGAUGGCCCAACCUUCACCACUGAGGAGUACAACGAACUUAUUGCUAUGCUUCGUAAUAAGAAGGGUAACAGUCAGCCUCUAGCACAUGCAACAGGUAUCAUUACACCCACUAGUAAUAUUACACAACAUGAUCCACACUCCACGCUAUAUUGGAUUGUGGAUAGCGGGGCCACCGAUCACAUUUCUCAUUCGGCUCCUACACAUAAUCAAACUGCCACACAUCAUGAAUUUGUUAGUUUGCUCAACGGAGGACAGGCAGCAAUACGUAACAUUGGAUCUAUGAAUUUAUCGCCCGACUUGCCUCUUGAUGGAGUUCUACAUGUUCCAAAAUUUCGUGUCAACUUGUUAUCUGAGGUAGAUACGAAGAAGACGAUUGGCCUGGGCAAGCAUUUUGAUGGGCUUUACUACCUCACACCUACCCAAAAUCCUCACCUUGCUACUCAUGUUCGUCGUACCUCCACGCUUUGGCAUCAACGUCUCGGACAUUCGUCAUCUGCCCCCCUUCACUCUUUAUCCAAGACCAUUCCUGAAAUAAUGUUUCAUUCUGAGCACAUUUGUGAUGUUUGCCCUUUGGCUAAACAAACCAAAUUACCAUUUACUUCUAGUUCAAUUAAAACAGUUGCACCUUUUGAUCUUAUUCAUUGUGACAUUUAG